UCGGACGCGCAAGCUCCCCAUCCAAACGGUGUCCUUUCUCGAGCUUUAGGAGCUUUUUCCACACUUGAACUUCAGUGCACCAGCCAGCUAUGGAGGCAGUUUUCUAGGUGCCAGUUACUCUGUGUAGCUAUUUUCCUACAGUUUUCCGCUCAUUUGAAUCCCGGAAGAGAAGCGGAAGUGUCAAGUGAUUGCGCGCGCGGAUGGAAAUUGAUAUUGCAAACGACGACGACCGGAGUUCAGCACCCAGCUGGCAGGAGUGAAAGUUUGUAAUUCCCGUGGGGAGAAAAACGAUUCCCGCACAGAUAGCUCGGAAGAGUCUGGAGGAUUUCGUUAUCGCUUUUUUUUAUGAUCUAUUCAUUCGUCUUCGCGGGGCGAGAGCUUGUAUCGUGAAAAUUUUAUCAAUCAACGGCCCUAUUGUUUUGGAAGGUUUGAAUCGUAUAACCAAGUGAGAAAAGAACGGGGCAAGAGUGUUAGCAUCGUGAAAUUUCCUCUAUUACUUUCCAAUCAAUUGCUUUGUGGUGUCGUCCGACGUCAGGUUCGGGGAGAUUUAUUCCGUGACAGAAGCAAUCAUCACACCUCUGUGCUCUGUGGUGAACAAAAAAAAACUGGAAAACCGAGAUUCCAUAGCAACCUGCGUGAGAAAAAGUAAUUUGCCCCUGUGGUGAGCCGGGAAAGCUGCCGAUUCCCAGGGCUGCGAAUUGAUUAAUUCGCGUGAAACCCAGCCGUGCGACGAAAUAGCAGAGGUGGUUUAACGUUGUUUCGGCGAGACAGUAUUUCAGCAUCGUCAGCGGUAGCAGCAUGUUUUGGAUUCUGAGACGAACCGGGGCGGUCAACUUUUUCAACUCGAUCAAUAACAACUACGCCGUCAAGGGAGGAUCCAGUUCCAGCAGCAAUGCAGACAGGAACGGCUCCCGGCCUCCCCGGCGGGCGUACGGGCGCCUCAGUGUGGAUGCCGACGAUGCUCAAUCGUUGCGACGUGAGGCCGAGCUUAACGACAAUCUGAUUGAUGUGGAUGGAGAAUUGAACGAGAGCAACUACGCCAACAACAACAACCAUAACAACAAUAAUAACAAUAACAACAACAAUAGUAUCCUAGUGAAAAAUCAGAACAAAGCCGUUGUUGGAAGCACAGCCACGACCACCACGACCACGAAAACGACGAUGAUAAAUGGCUGCCCUUCGCAUCUGUUCCCGCACGAUAACUACUACGGCGAUGGCGAUGGUGACGACGCUGAUGUAAACCGGAAUCAGUCCAAUAGCAACGAAACCGACUCGGACCAGGAGCUGGAUGCCACCAUCAAGGAGCAACGGCUCGAGGAACAAGCCCUUUCGCGGCUGCAGGCGAUGGCACUGUCGGACGAUGACGAGUACGAUGAGUCGCUGACCUGCAACGUAUGUGACCGAGCAUUUCACUGUCACCGGCAGUUGGCGUCCCACCAGCAGAAAAAGCGACAUUUCGGCUGCAGCGGCUGCGACAGUUUGUUCCCCUCGCUGAUGCUGCUGGAGCACCACAAGGAAGAAUUCGAACACUGGAGCGACUUCGAGGACGACGGACGGCUGCCGUGCUGUCGGCGGAACCGUCGGGACGAUGACUACACCGAUACGGAGACGGGAACCAGCGACGCCGAAAGCGAGGACUUGGAACGGUUGCUGUAAAUGGGAGCGCGCGACGGUGUGGGUGGUGAUGACAGAUGGCAUUUUCCGACGAAGGAAUUGAUUGAAAGGCAUAGCUUCGCUUCUGGGGUGGAUGAGAAUAAAAAAGAAUAACCCACCCGAUUGUGAGGGGGAGGGGGAGGGUUAUUCGGAUGUUAUUGAAUGAAAAUUGCUUCAGCUGGAACAAUUGAUUCGAUCGGGGAGUAUUUACCUAGGACGAUGGCACACAAGUUGAGUGAUUAAGGAAAUUUGAAAAGAUUGGUGCAAUGAAAGCUGGUCAAGUAGGUACUCUGGAAUUCGGUUCAAAUUUUGCGCGGUGUGUUGAAUACUGGCUUCAAAUUCAAAGAAUGUUUUAACCUAAGUAUAGGUCAGCGUGUCCUUCCAGUUAAGAGUAUGGAUAUGAGAAAACGUUGUGCAGGGAAAUUCUUACCGUAGCUUAUCAGAAACCCUAAAUGAUGUUAGAGACAACAAUCAGUUCCUGCCUUGAGGCAUACUUGAUGAUAAGUUUUAUCCUAUUUAAGUGAUUGAGGCACUUAAUUAAAUUAUAUUUUUAUGGUCCCAAAUCCACCGAAAUUUCUAAUCAUAGCAAGCCAAAAAAAUCAGGUAACGUUAAAACUCGUAUGCGCAGAAGUGGUGCAAUAGAACAGGCUAGUCAUCUGGUGGGUACCUGGGUACUGCGGUACUGAAUCCUCAUUUCUCCGGCUCUUAUGGGGUGUGAUAUAUGACGGAGAGUCCAUUCUAAACAAUGAUCACCUUAAUUUCGCGGAUACACUUGCAUGACCUA